AUGGCAAUUGCAACCAUGACUACUCCUCUUCCUAUUUCCUUUUUCCCUUUUCUUCUUCUCAUUCCCGCUAUCUGUUUUUCCAUUUGUCAUGCCAAUUCCAACCUACUUUGCAUUCAAAGUGAGAGAGAAGCUCUUUUGAAAUUCAAGAAUCAUCUUAUUGAUCCUUCAAACAGGUUAUCUUCAUGGGUUGAAGGAGGGGAUUGCUGUAAAUGGAUUGGAGUCGUCUGCCAUAACUCAACAGGCUACGUCAACCAACUGCACUUGGCUGCUCCUCCUCUUUCAGAGCCUGAUUUUGACGCAACACCAGCUGAAUGGGAAGCUUACGAGCGGUCAAAACUACGAGGCAAAAUAAAUCCUUCACUGCUGGAGUUAAAGCAUCUCAGUUCCCUGGACUUGAGCAGUAACAAUUUUAGCAGCAUACAUUUUCCGAAAAUUUUCGGUUUGCUGGAGAGUUUAACUUAUCUUAACCUCUCUUAUGCACAAUUUCAGGGAGCAAUUCCUCAUAACCUUGGGAAUCUCUCAAAGUUGCAGUAUCUUGAUCUUGGAGGUGAUCUCAAAUCAAAAAGUCUUCAAUGGGUUUCUGGACUUUCAUCCUUGCAGUACCUUGAUUUUAGUUAUGCUGAUCUUCAUAAAGCAAAUGAUUGGGUACAGCCGUCGCCAAGCCAUCGUGAACCCGCCGUGGCUUCCACCGUGAACGGUGGUCCCAAGCCUCAUGGAAUCAGGUUUUUGACCCUUUUGAAGGGCGAAUCGAUGGUGAGGCCUCCUAGGCCGAAGGAAACAGAGAAAGAACUCCCCACCUUCCCCUUGCGUCGAUCCCGUCGACGGGAAAGGAAGCUCCGGCAACGCGACCCUCUGGAUUUGGUGUCAGAAGAACGAUGGGAUGGUGGCGUGCUGCAGGCAUGGCCAGGAGAGGGGUACGGCGCACAUGGGGCUACGGAGGUAACAUUCAAACUUCCUUCUUUGUUAGAGUUGCACUUGUCAUGUUGUGAUCUAGAAGAGGUUCCAUCUUCGAUCAGUGUUAAUUCUUCAAAAUCACUGGUUGUUCUUGAUCUUUCUGGUAACAUCUUAUCUUCAGUACUUAAGUGGAUAUUUAGUCUUCAUGGUCUUGUGUCCAUUGAUCUUAGUGAGAAUUCUUUGGAAGGCCCAAUUCCAGAUUACUUUGGGAACAUCUCGUUUCUUAAAGUUCUUGAUCUCAAAAAUCAAUUAAAUGGUCAAAUUCCAUUGUCUAUAGGAGAGUUAUCAUCUUUGAAGUUGUUUGAUGUUUCAAAAAAUCAGUUAAACGGCCAAAUUCCCUUGUCUAUAGGGCAGUUAUCAUCUUUGGAGUUAUUUGAUGUUUCAGAAAAUCAAUUAAAUGGUCAAAUUCCAUUGUGGAUAGGGGAGUUAUCAUCUUUGAAGUUGUUUGAUGUUUUAGAAAAUCAAUUAAAUGGUACUUUUCCAUUGUCUACAGGGGAGUUAUCAUCUUUGGAGUAUCUGGGUUUUGUGUAUAAUCUAUUAGAAAGAGUUGUAUUAGAAACCCAUUUUUCAAAUCUCAUGAGAUUGACAACUCUAGCAGCAUCACACAAUCGGCUUAGAUUUGAACUAAGCUCAAGCUGGAUUCCCCCAUUUCAGUGUGAAAGGAUCGAAUUGGGUCAUUGGCAUCUUGGCCCAAAGUUUCUCCAGUGGCUAAAAUUCCAAAAGAAAUUGUCUUAUUUGGAUAUCUCCUAUGCAGGAAUUUCAGAUGUCAUGCCCACUUGGUUUUUGAACCUUCCCACUCAAUUUGAAUAUUUAAAUCUUUCGUCUAAUCAACUUACAGGAGAGAUUUCAUAUUUGAAUGUGGCAAACAUUGUUGACUUGAGUUCAAACCGAUUCACAGGCCCAUUGCCAAGAGUGCUCCCAGCUUUACUAGUUCUAAUUUUAUCAAAUAAUUCAUUUUCGGGAUCUCUUUUUGAAUUACUUUGUAAUUCAUCAAGUAGGAAACGGAUGAGAGUUCUUUACAUUGAUAAAAAUCUUAUCUCAAGAGAUAUUCCGGAUUGUUGGAGUCAUUACCAGGAUUUGAAAAUUUUAAAUUUGGGAAGCAACAAAUUGACCGGUAAAAUCCCACCUUCUUUAGGGCAUUUAAAUCUUUCAGUGCUAAACCUUCGAAACAAUAGCAUGUUUGGAGAAUUGCCAUCCACAUUGCAAAAUUCUACAGGAUUGAUUAUGCUUGAUCAUAGUGAAAAUCAUUUCAAUGGAAAUAUACCUGCAUGGAUUGGUGAAAAGCACUCGACCCUUGUGGUUCUAAGCCUUCGAUCAAAUAACUUUGGUGGUCAUAUUCCUCACAAAAUUUGUGAUCUUCAAUUUCUUCAAAACAUGGACCUUGCCCACAACAACAUUUCUGGAGUUAUUCCAAAAUGUUUUAAUAAUUUAAGUGCAAUGCCCACAACAAACAAAACCGAUAAAAAAGCUUAUGGGGGGCCAAUUUUUUUCUGA